AUGCCGUCAUCACCUUUGCAAGUCGUCGGUGGACACAAAGAUACAAUCGAACUAGACGAGGAUGAUAUGCUGAUAAAAACUACAAACCCAACUGAACUCGAUUUCUACCAGUCUGUUAACAUCGCUCACUCGAUCUACCACCACAUUCCACACUUCUACGGCGCGUUGAAGCUCCACAGCGCACCCAACCCUCCCAGCGCUGAAGACGCGCCUAAAGAGGCUAUUGUCCUCGAAAACCUCACAGAUUACUUCAGCAUACCCAACAUAUGCGAUAUCAAACUAGGCAAGGUGCUCUAUGAUGACCACGCCACCCCUGAGAAGCAGCAGCGCAUGGAGCAGUCCUCCAUCAACACCACCAGUCAUGCCACUGGCAUCCGCUUCACUGGCUUCAAGGUUUGGAAUACUGCUAAGGAGGAUUAUGACGUCACCGAUAAGGCGUACGGCAAAUCUCUCACCCCUCAACAGCUCCCUGAUGCUUUGAGGAGGUUCAUACCCAUACCACACUCCCUCACCAUCAAACAACUCAAAUUCGUCGUCUCCUCUAUCCAUUCUCAGCUCCUUUCUGUACGUGACGCCGUCUCUCUCAUGCCCUUCCGCUCUAUCAGCUCCUCUAUCCUCAUCGUUCAUGAGGCCGACUCAGACGACUUCCUCGAAGAACAGGCUGCCAUGGUCAAACUCAUUGACUUUGCUCAUACCAGACUGACAGACGCUGACACGCCCGAUAUGAAUAUAUUGGCUGGUAUCGACACAUUGAUUGACCUAGUGUACAAUUAUAAAGAAUACAUUAAUCAGUUGUAG